UCUGAGUGAAGCAGCAGAGUCUGUUUGUCUGGAUAAACUUAUUGAAGUGGACUUUGUGUAAACUUUCGGGAUGUUUCAGCCCAGACUCAUCUCCUGUUAGCCAACAAUGCUAAAGGAAGUUCGCGUAGCUUGCUAGCAGGAAAUAGACGGAGCUCGGCCUCACGGUGCUAGUCGGAGUAGCUUCGACAGAGACCAAACUGUAUUUUUCACGGAGCCCAAAUGUCCAGAUAGAGCUGUGUGAAUAGACUCUGUGCUGUUCCCUUUAUUUGACGCUGUUUUCCAUCUGAACGAUCUGCUGCUGUCCGACGAAGCUAAUGAAGCUAACUUAGCCCGCUAGCUGGAAAUAGACGGAGCCGAGCGUCAUUUAAUCAUCAGAGAGAACAAAGAGUUUCUAACGGAGUGAGUCUGGAGGAAAAGCUGCUGUGAAUCAGUCAAAAUGUCUAAAGUCCAAACGCUGAGAGCUUUUGUGAAGCAGCGACUAACUGCGGCUGCUGAAGAGAUAUUUGAGCAGUUUGAAAGAACGAUAGCAGAGUACGAGGAGGAAGUUUGUCGACAACAGAAACUACUGGACGCUGUUUUCAAGCCUGAAGUCCGGUUACACAGAGCAGACGUCCAGCUGCUGUUGGGGAGGAAAGAAGAGGAUCCUCCUGAGCAGCAGGACUGGAGAUCCAGUCUGGACCAGGAGGACCCAGCAGAGCCGCCUCACAUUAAAGAGGAACAGGAGGAGCUGUGGACCAGUCAGGAGGGAGAGCAGCUGGGAGGUCUGGAGGAGGCUGAUAUCACCAAGUUCACGUCCCCUCCUGUCCCUGUGAAGAGUGAAGAAGAGGAUGAAGAGGAACCUCAGUCCUCACAGCUUCAUCAGAGACAAACUGAACAGAUGAAAACAGAAUCUGAUGGAGAGGACUGUGGAGGACCAGAACCAGCCAGGACCUCAGAUCCUGAUACACAUUUACAACCUGAGACUGAUGACAGUUGUGAUUGGGAGGAGACCAGAGAACCUCAGUCAGGUUUAAACCCUCUACAGAACAAUGAAGUACCUGUCAGUGAUGUUAAAUGUAAAACUGGAAAAACUUCAGUUAGCUCCUCUGAGUGUGCUUCAAGCUUUGGCCACACAAGCGAUUUACAGAAAGACAAUUACAUCCAAACAGGAGUGAAACCAUUUAGUUGCUCAGUUUGUGGUAAAAGAUACAACCAGAAGGACUCCUUAAUGACUCACAUGAGACUUCAUUCAGAAGGAAAAUGUUUCAGCUGCUCAGUUUGUAACAAAACUUUUCAAUGGAGAAGAGAUGUCGUGAUGCACAUGAGAAUCCACACAGGAGAGAAACCCUUCAGUUGUUCUGUCUGCGCUAAAGGAUUUGCACAAAAUAGACAUUUGAGAGACCACCUGAGAAUCCACACAGGGGAGAAACCCUUCGAUUGUUCUGUCUGUGGUAAAACAUUCUCACAAAGCUCAAAUUUGACCGCACACUUCAGAGUUCACACAGGAGAAAAACCUUUCACGUGUCCAGUUUGUAAAGUAAGUUUCAGUCGCAGAAGCACUUUGUCCACACACAUACGAAUGCACACCGGGGAGAAACCGUUCAGCUGUUCAGUUUGUGGUAAAACAUUCACAAGAAAUACACACAUGAGACGACACUUGACUGUUCACACAAGGGAGAAACCGUUCAGCUGCAGUGUUUGUGAUAAAAGAUUCACCAGGCUCCAUAUUUUCAAAAAUCACAAGUGUGUCAGUGAGAGCAGUGGAGACAAAAGAAGCUGCAGAGACGCUUGUUGAGGCAGUUUCCUGCAGCAGGACUGAAGCACCGAGGACAAGACGAGUCAGUCGAUCAGUUUAAAGCUGUGAGACCGACUCCAACACUGGUUUUCAGUGCAGUGAGUCCCUGAGACGCACAGGUUGACAUUUCAGUGUGUCCCCAAUGAGACGUGUGUUUUUUUGACCAACUGCAGUGUUAAACUCGUGUUUGAGGUCGUCUGGUUGUAAAUAUGUUAAAUUCAUGUAUGUUGAAAAAUGUCUGAAUAUUAACUCAGAAAAUCUGACAACUUUAUUUUCAAACAUGUCACAUCUGCAGCUGCCCCUGAAAGCUGACGAGUCAGAUCAUCAGUGGGACAGCUCUCAGAGGACUGACGGAUUAUUAUCAUAGUGUGUAUCAGAAAACUGCACAGGGAUCAUAUUUCUAUGAGGAUAUAUACACGUGUAUAUAUAUAUAUCCUCAUACUUAUAGAUAGAUUUCAUUAUUUUGUUCUGUGGUUUUAUGCAUUGUCUUUAUCUUUAUUUUCCAUCUUAUUUUACAGUCAACUGUUUUCAUCAGUUUUUAUGUCCAUUCUGUCUUUUCUAUGUGAAGCACUCACUGUCCAUGUGAGCUGCUGUACAAAUAAAAGCAGGCUCUCGGUGGGCAGCAUGCAAUUUGUAUGAACAAUCGUUACCCAGCUUGCAUCAGUGUUCUGGCUGGUUGAAUUACAGCUACUAGAAAGGACUGUGGUCUGAAGCCUUUUGGUGAUAUCUAAUA